AUGAGUGAUGGUAGCGUUUCAGACGAAGACAGGCGAAAGUUGCAUGAGGAGGGCUGCCUAGAGCUUCCUCGGCGCCCCUCGUGGGAGGUUUGCUUGCUGGUUGAGCAGUACUACUGGCAGUUUCACUCACGCGUGGCCUCCUUGCUCGAGGAGACCCGCGGAAGCUGGACCGAAGAUGGGGACGAGCGGCCAGGAACUGCAGCUGCGUGGGAAGUCAGCAAGAAGUUAGAGGACGAUGGCCUUUAUGUCUCUGCGGUGCACCCUUCCGUCGACGAUGAGGAUAACUGGACCGGGCCACGGUUUUACAUCUCCAUCGUUCCCUCGGCCAUCAACAAAGGUCUGCCGGCUCCCAGGCCGCCCAAAGACGUGGAGGAGCUGCUGUGGCCGCGGCCGCGAGAUCGCCUUCAGCCUUGGAUCACUGAGCUGGGCUGGACCAUGGUGCCGGAAGGCUCCAACGAGCAAACGCUGCAUGCUGACAUCUUGUCCUGGGAGGAGGAGCCAUCGCGGCCACGGAAGGAGGGCCUUGGCCGCUUCCAUCACUUCUUGUGGAAGCCCAGCCGCCGCGACUGCUGUACCACCAAGAUCGUCCACACUGCAUUCACUGAGGGGUCGGUGGAGGGAUGGCACUAUGACAGCCUGUCCCAGGUCCAAAGCCCAAGUUUAGUCCUGGACAGCGAAGUGUUGCACUGCGGGAGUGCGACUCGGAAGGGCAGUCCCUGGUCCAGCACCUGCACGGUCCAGCUCUGUUCCGCGCGGGGCUGGCGGGCACUCCACGCUGACGGCCGUGCUUCGCAGGACCUGCUAUGGUAUGUGUGGCCAAUUGAGGAGGCCCCACUGAAGAGGCCUGCUGCGCCCAGCGCUUGGCGGCAGGAUGCAGAGGUGGAAGCUCUGUGGGAGGAUGGUUACUGGUACGCUGCAAGGAUCGUGAGACGUCAGAAGGAUGGGCGCUACAAGGUGAGAUGGGAGGGCGAGGACACCGUGGCCUCGGACUUCUUCGCUGCCCAUCUGCGCGCGAGGAGGCUUGAUGACACUGCAGGGCUGCUGCGGCCCUGCAAGCGUGCGCGGACGCAGUAG